CCCACUCUCCGCUACCCUUCCUGGUUCGUUCAACUGGAUGUCACAGCGGCUGCCAAUCGGUGUGUCAAACAAGUCCAAAGUUGUCCGGGACACGGGAGGAGGAUGAACCCAGCGGCGAGGACACGGCAGCGGGACGAAGUCUGUAAACCUCGUGAACUUAGUUUGACAGAAUGAUGAACGGACGUUGUGUUUUUCGCGGUUACCAGGCGGCGGUUUCAUCAGGGACGCCGCUGCUCGGCUAGCUGCUGCUGCUAGUUAGCGAGCUAGCACACGGUGGACUGUUAUUAUUAGCAUUCGGUGUCUUUAGUGUGAAACGCCGACCAGCUCGGUCGAGUUUGACUGCUGGACGAUUGAAAGGGACUGUGAGUAUAUUUACUGAAGAGGAUAACAUGGAGAACAAGGACAAAGUGCAGAUGAGGAAUCACCCUCGCAGACAGUUGAAGAAGCUGAGUGAGGACAGUCUCACCAAGCAGCCAGAGGAAGUCUUUGAUGUCCUGGAGAAGCUGGGUGAAGGGUCGUAUGGCUGUGUGUUUAAAGCAAACUAUAAGGAGACGGGAGAGAUUGUAGCAAUCAAACAAGUUCCUGUGGAGUCCGAUCUUCAGGAGAUCAUCAAGGAGAUCGCCAUCAUGCAGCAGUGUAACAGUCCCCAUGUAGUGCGGUACUAUGGCAGCUACUUCAAAAACAGUGACCUGUGGAUCGUUAUGGAAUAUUGUGGAGCCGGAUCAGUGUCUGAUAUCAUCCGAAUACGCAACAAGACGCUAACAGAAGAGGAGAUAGCCACCAUCUUGCAUUCUACGCUGAAAGGUCUCGAGUAUCUUCACUUCAUGAGAAAAAUCCACAGAGACAUCAAAGCAGGCAACAUCCUGCUGAACACAGAGGGCCAGGCCAAACUGGCCGACUUUGGAGUUGCUGGACAACUCACAGACACCAUGGCGAAGAGAAACACAGUCAUCGGCACGCCAUUCUGGAUGGCUCCAGAGGUCAUACAGGAGAUCGGCUACAACUGCGUGGCUGACAUCUGGUCUCUGGGAAUAACCGCUAUAGAGAUGGCAGAGGGGAAGCCGCCCUACGCUGACAUACAUCCCAUGAGGGCCAUCUUCAUGAUUCCCACCAACCCUCCCCCGACAUUUCGGAAACCAGAUGUGUGGUCUCCGUCGUUUGUAGACUUUGUCAGCCAGUGUUUGGUGAAAAACCCAGAAAAUAGGGCGACUGCCACACAGUUGUUACAGCAUCUAUUCAUCAAGUCAGCAAAGCCCAAUUCAAUCCUCAGAGCCCUGAUCACAGACGCCAUGGAGAUCAAACUGAAGAAACAAGAGGAGGAAGAACAGAGAGAGCAGGACGCAGAAGAUGAUGACAACUCGGAUGAGGACGAGGUUGACCAGGGGACGAUGGUGCGGGCCGGAACAGGCGACUCGGGAACCGUCCGGGCUGCUGGUUCAUUAGCAGGUUCCCUCGGUGGUACGGCGCGGACUAUGAUCGAAUACGAGGACACGGGAACCAUGCAGUUACAACUGGGCACCAUGGUCAUCAACUCUGAGGAUGAGGAAGAAGCUGGUACAAUGAAAAGGAGAGAUGAGACGAUGCAGCAGGCCAAACCGGCCUUCCUGGAGUACUUUGAACAGAAAGAGAAGGAGGCCAACAGUCAUAAUGACGGAGGAGAAAACAACGCAGAUAACCGCAAACUGCCUCCUGAAGGAGACCUUCAAGUGGUGAGUACGUGGUCGGUGGAGGAGCUGCGUCUGCGUCUGGCCUCUCUGGACCCUCAGAUGGAGCAGGAGAUCGAGGAGAUCCGUCAGCGCUACCACGCCAAGAGGCAGCCCAUCAUCGACGCCAUCGAGGCCAAAAAACGACGGCAGCAGAACUUCUGAGGAGGCGAACUCCUCUGCCGAACUCUUCACGGCAACCACCCGGGCGUUUUCAGCUCUUGCGAUCUCUGCGGGAGGUUUGUGAAAUGUCACUAAGACAAAAAAAAUUUUUAAAACUUCUCUCACAGCUGCUGAGGUUCGUCCAGAAUAACUGAUGAGACGUCGCGAUUUGGAAAACUGUGCAAGUACUUCUGAUGAUCGAACUGCCGAAGAAGAACUUCCAAAGACUUCUCUGUUUGACCGAAUAUAAUAAUUGUUUGAUUUAAAAUCCAAUGUUCCCUUUAUUCUGCCUUCUCGAGAUAAUCCGGAGUCUUCAAGGACUUUCUUCUUCUAUUGUUUUUUUUUUUUUUUUUGCAUUUCUGGUUUAAGAAAUAACCAUCGACAAACUUUUAUUGUGAUUCUGCCUGCAGCUCAUCUGGACUUGCGAGUUUCUUUGCGUUUAUUUCUUAAACCACAGUGAUGAAUGUUAAAAAGCUCCUCAGAUCUCUUUUAAGUUUUUUCUUUUAUACUCAAUCGUGUGGUACAAUAUAAUUUUAACUGCUGACUGUUCAACGUAGGUACGCAUCUAUUAAUUACUCAGCUGUUUCCCGUCAUUGUUGGUGCAACGAUGAUGCUGCUGGAUUUUUCAGCUUUCACUCUCGGGCCUGUGAAAGUCUAGAUGUGUGAGUGUGUAGUCUGGAAAUGGAUCAUUCCCUGCUCUUGAAAACUGUACAAAACAAACAAAAGGCUGAUUAUCUGUUUGUUUCAGCGUCCGACUGCCUGUUCUGUCAUAACAUGUCGGUCAAUUUGAAGCUGCAUGUUAGAAAACAGAUCAAAGUUUCAAGAUAAAUGUGAACUCACCCGUGUAUUUGCAGCUUAACAGGACAACAUCUCCAGAGGUUUCCUCACUCUAAUCUUUAAAGCGAAAUGUUUUUUCACAGUCUUCAGUGUUACAUAUAAAAAAAAAAAACAUAUCAUAUUUUGGCCCACAAAUAAUUCUAUAGUUAAAUAGACCAAUUUUCUUGUAUGUUGUUGCCUUACAGUUAAUUGACACUUUCUCAAAGGUGUGCUGCUGCAUGAAGCCAAACAGCACAAAUAAGUCAGUAACUAAGCAAUAAAAAUUGGGCUGCUUUGAUUUAUAGUAUGGUUUAGUUUUUAAAGGGAAGCACAGCUAAUGUUAAUAGGAAUCAGAAUAUUACUUAAUGCCUGUCUGGCCCAUGAUACUUCUACAUAGCAAUGUUUGUUUUUCUCUGGCAGCUGGUGGAUUAAUACUGUUUUAUGUCAUUAUUCCAUCCUCAUCUUUCACUUCAUGGAUCUAACUGGAGGUUUCAAGUCUGACUUUAACCAAACAUUAUGAGUUUCAGACAAAUAUUCAGAAUCCACAGAUUUUCAUUAUGACAAUGUUGAUAUUAAAAUGUAAAACUGUAUCUGAAAGUCAGUCUGUUCCCAACCUGCAGGUCCCACGAUGAAUCUGAGAGGUCACCAGAUGAUUAAUAGUAAUAACAGGAAAAUAAUCUAAUAAUUGCUUCACAAAGUGAUAUUUAUUUCAGAAACAUUCACCUGCUGAGCAUUUAAAAGCAUUAUAUAAACAUUUAAAUGAUUUAAAACUCACUGUAAUGCAGUUGUAAACAUAUAUAAGCAUGUUUAAGAGUUAAGUAAUGUACACUAUUUGUCAACACUUGUACAGUAUUCUGUCAACACGGUUAUACAGCAGCCUCCACUUACGGGUUUCCACAGGAGGAGACAAAUACAUUAAUAGUCACUUAUAUCUGCUUACAACUACACAAUAAUGUGUUGUAAACAUCUGCUUAUAAAUGGCAGUUUGAGGUUAAAGGUGGCGAUUCUGGAGAAAUCCCAACACCGUGACAAAUACCGUGAUAUAGAGCAAACAACAACUGUCGUUCCAGUUGCUGCUGCGAGAGAGACGAGUCCCAAAACCAUCUCCAGACAGCGGUACAAGACAAAAAGUAUUUAAUUAGAAUCACUUACGAAAACUUUAAAGCAAAGAUUUUCCUCUAAUUUGACCUCUCUUGUGUAACCUGGUUGUUAUUUGAUGAUGAGCGUUUGCAGGUUGACACUGCUUCAAGACUAAAAAGGUUGGGAACGACUGGCCUAACAGACACACCUGCGUUUUUAUCUGAAACUCCCACAUCCUUAGUGUUUAAUUAGGGUUUUAUUUCACUUUUCUCUUCCUGAGUAAGCUAAAAGAAGACCUGGGUCGUCAUAUUUAUGGAAUAGAUUAAACAAAGCUUUUACCUCCUGGAUCUAUGAGUUGAGCCGAUGAGUAAAAGGCGCAGCAGACUCAACGCCGGCGUCGCCCAGGUCUCAUUCAACUUCACUUCUAACAUUCCUCGGAGCGCCUCAGCCACACAACAUUAGGGAGGAUUUAUAUUUUUAUACGUAGGUUUAGUGAUUACACGUCAGCUAGGAGAGAGGUGUGUGUUUGAGCACAGGGAUGUGCUGCAGAAUAAAAACCAGCUUCUCAGGUCAGAAAACUCCUCAGGGGUGUAAAAUAAUGAGAGUAGUGAUGAGAAAUGAGCGUAGAUAGUUUGGAGAUCCUUCACACAAAGAUGUCAUGUCUCACUUUUCAUUAUGUUAUUGCUUAGCGUUUAUUGACGGACAACAAGUCUGAAGGAUGUUUUCGCUGUAGUUAAAAGUCCAGACCUGAUAACAAGACGCUGUAUUAACCUCCAGACUUGUUCUGUGGCGUCUUUGUGUGCGGGACUCUCAAUGACUCAUGAGCACAACUCAUUUUCCUUUGUUACAAAGCAUAAAGGGAUUUUUUUCUUUCUGCCUUUUUUUUCCAGUUGUGGAUGUUCUGCUGUUUUUGGUAUUUGAACAGUGAUCUAACAUGGGGGGGGGGACUGGCAGUGAAGUGAACUCUCCUGCAUUAAGUCGUAAUCACUGGAGAAGAUUUUGAAAUGAAACUGUUCUGAUGUUUUGGAAUCAGAUUUAACCAUGAACCAGUUUUGUUUUCCUUUUGACAAAAUUAACUUUUAAAUGCUUCUAUUAUUGUUCUAAAUAACUGUUGAUUAAUGGGGCCAAAACAAACCACUGCAGGUGUUUGUACAUUUGCUUACUUCCUUCAUUCAACACCUGCAGCUGAGCAGCAGGGAGGGAAGUUUGGGAAAGUUAAAAGCUGCACAUAAGACCAGGAAUUAAUGAUGGUCUGUGCUUAAAAAUAAUCCUAAUCAUGCGGAGUGAAAACAUAUCUAGAUCACAUUUAACUGUGCUUUAAUUUCAGGUUAUUUACCGGUUCUUGGUAGAGAACUCAGACGGCGUAUCAGUAGCACAAAAACUUCACGAGGCUGUAGUUUAUUUAAUGAGUGAAUUAGUUAUAAUGUUUAAAUCCUACUGAAACACAUGGAGUGUACAGAUUCAUCAGUUCUCAAGUGUUACCGCUGUCAUGGCUCCUCAAGUGUUUUUUAUUUAUUUGUUUUCAUAUAUACGGCUUCAGUAGCUCAAAUAUCAGGUUUUCUUUUACUUCUGGUCACACAGGUAUUUUGGUUGUUCAUGUUUUCUAAUAUCUGUCGUCUAUGAGUGUUCAAGUAGGAAUACAUACAUAACUAUAAAGUGUUCAAAUGCAGAUGGUCAUUGGCUUCUGUGUAAAACUGUGAUGCCCGGAGGAGAAAUUAACAAAGAAAAGUGGAGAAAAAAACUCCAGUUUCAGUUGAAUCUACGUGAAAAAAGUUUAGAUUUUUAAGAAUUUGGAUUUUCACUGUUUUUCUGCCUCUAUUUGCAAAAGGUUUGUUUUUUUUUCAGGCACAUUUGAAUCUGCUGUUAACUGUUUUUCUGAGCGCUUCUCAUGUUUUGCACACUUCUUGUCUGGUGCCUGAUCAGUUUCUGAAGUAUAUAUAUAUAUGCAGUGGAAGUCAUGCAUAUGUUUGAGAUCACUGAUGUUUGGUUUGUGUCUUUUUAUUUGUUUUUGUUUGCUUGUCUAAUAAAGAGAUGAAUCAA